GUCAUGCGGCUGGUGCCCCUGGACGACGCGCUGGAGAAGAUCCAAAUGCAGAAGGCGGCGACGCCCGUGCCGAGGCCCGACGGGCUACGUGAGGCAGGAGAGAUUUUGGAGACCACGAAGGCGAACGCUGUUGUGUGUGAGAAGAGCAGUUUCGACGAAAUAGACAUCAAUGCGCAGCGGAUUGAGGCCGUGCGGACCUUCGUGCAAAGGCUGGAUGAGGAGUGCGCGCAUGGCGGGGCCGACGACACGUCGAACUCCAGCGAGGACGAGGAAGACGGCGGGAAGGCAGAACGGGCAAGUAAACGCGGGCGCGUCCACGAGGGAGUGCCCUCGGGCGCGAAUGAGGCGGCCCGAGAAGCAGUGGAGCGCGACAUGCUGACUCAGGCUGGGCGCGAAAGGAAGCGCGUGGAUCGGCUCCGCGUGCGCACUGGCGAGGUCGAGCAGCUCACUCCCGCGGAAAUCGCGGAAGGAGCGAAGCAGAUUUAUCAAGCGCUCGACGGGAAGUACGUAGACAUCAACAAUAGGAAACAGAAAGUGAACGGCGACAUGACCAAAGUGCGGCACGUGCCAACGUUGGGGAAAGCCGCCCAUAAGCUGCUUACGCACAUAGAGCACACUUCGCGGCGACUGUCUGGUACACAGGAAGCGCGUCGAGUCAUGCGAUUUGAGACGAACGCGCUGCGAGUGCGGUACGGCGUCCCCAUUUUCGUAACCUUCUCGCCCGACGAAGGUCACAAUCUUCUCAUGGUGAGACUCUCGCGCACUCGACGGCAAGACCCUGUGCACAAGGCGGCUGAUGACGAAGCGCAGUCGCGGCUGGCGGGGGGUCGGGGCUGGCCGCGCGUAGCCCCCGACAUGGAUGGGCUGCAGAUGGACCUGCCAAUGGCCGCGGGGGAGGCAGAAGUGCCGCCAUGGAACGAGCGCAGACGAAUUCUUGCGAGAGAUCCCAUGGCCAGCGUGGACGGGUUCCGUAUCCUGGUGGCGCUGCGGGAGCGGCCGGAUCUGCCGCAGCAGAAGAUGGCAUGGCUCCAACGCCACGACAAGGAGAGCGGGGACUUGUACGGCUUCUUACCCAUCGCUGAAGGCAUGCCCGUCGCUCUGACCGAUCAUAUCGAUCGAAGCGAGGACAAGAACCUGCUGCGCGGUCGCGUGGGCCGGGUGCAAUCCUGGGUAUGCGACGGGGACGGCGUCGAUGAUCGAGUCACGCGCGGCGGGGAGACCAUAUUGAAGAAGACGCCGAAAGUGAUUUUCGUGUUGUUCGACGAAGGCGAUGACGGGAACGGCGGCAGGAAGCCAUGCCAGUGGACGAUCGAGGGAUUGAAGACGCCCGGCCUGCACCCCGUGAUCCCGCAGAAGAAAGAUUGGUUCGUGGACAUGCUGAUCUUUCGCCCUUUCGACAUUGCGCCGUAUCAGAAGAAGGACGAACGGAAGGGCCCGGACUUACUGCUGCGCACGUUGCGCGGAGAAGAAUUGGACUGGGAGGCGAUAGAGCGCGAGUUCAUGCCGUCUGGCAGGUGCGCGGUCUGCGGGUGCACGAAGUACAAGAACAUGUACCCAACGGUCGGGCAGUGGAGCCGCGCAGAUGGGCUCCGCGUGUGCAGCGUGUGCAUGGAAGAUAAGAAGAGGGCUGGCACGCCGUGGCAAUGCAUGGAGUGUGGUCUAUGGAAGUGCCAGGAGGCGUUCCACGCGUCACAGCACCAUCCGUCGAAGUUGACCACGCGGCGCUGCGUGGACUGCCCGGAGAGACGGAGUUGUCGCGUGUGCGAGGAUCGGAAGUACGAGCAAGCUUUCGCGGCGCUUCAGUGGGAUAAGGCAGGGAACGCCCGGUGCAAAGGAGGGAUGUGCCUGGAAUGCGAGGAGCUGAAGAAGCACCUGACGUGUUCGCGCUGCGGCCAGCAGAAGUUACCAGUUGAAUUUGCCAAAGCGGAACAGGUCAACGACGAACCCACAUGCAAGGCUUGUAAGAAGUCGCAGAGAGAGGUGGAGAAGGCCCGCGCCGAAGAAGCGAAGCGAGUGGUAUGCUCAGCAUGUGGAGCGGCAAAGAGUAAGGCGGAAUUCUCCUCUCACAUGUUGGUCAACGCGUCGGAAGCGUCGAUUGCUUGUACCACGUGCGUGGACGCUGCAACCGCCCAACGGAAUAUGGCGGCGAGCAAAGACGUGAAGACCUGUGUUGGGUGCGGGGUGGCGCAACGGCGCGAUUGCUUUUCACGAAAGAUGUGGGAUGGAGUGGUCGCGAGUGACCGGAAGUGCAAGCGCUGCGUCGACGCUGGCGCUGCGCAGAGGGACGCGGCUGCGAGGAAGGACGAGAGAGCCUGCGUUGCGUGCGGGGUGGCGCAGCGGCGUGAAUGCUUUUCGCAGUGGAUGUGGGAGGGCGUGGCAGAGCGUCACCGCAAGUGCAAGCGCUGCAUCGAUGGCGCGAAGCUGCAGCGUGGAAAGUGGAAAUGUGUGGAAUGUAAGGGCGCUUUCGAGAGGGAGCACUACAGCACCUGGUUGGCCGGGCGAACGACGCAGAAGGCGGAUGGAAAGCAGAGGCCCUGGGGAGCAGUGUUCCAUCCAGGAUUGUUUAUUCACGUGUCCCUGGGGGUGCCGAAGGGGGAGCUCUGGGGGGAGAGCGCCAACGCGCAGAGCAAAGUGUUCAGCAGCCUUGACAAGCAGACGAGCUCUCUGGACAUAGCUGCCUGCAUAGACUCCAAGGCCACGAUCAUCACCAAAGGACUGACCGACGAGGAGCUGGAGUGGGAGAGGUCGGAGCCUGGCAGGGGCCACAGGGCCAAGUUGGAGAGGGAACGGGUCUUCGACCCGGAGCUGCUUCUGAGCGGCAUGUCCAUGAAGGUGCAGCAUGGCCAGGCCGGGGAGCAGCUCGACAGGAACAGGAUCUUGAAUUCAAUCGUGGGCCGUGACGCUGCUGAGCGAAGUGCCCCUGCUCCCGAGGAGCACGAGCUGUACACGCGGGCCAACCGGCGCAUCGCCG